AUGGUGCGUGAAAUCUCGACAGGCGACUUGAAAGGCGUUCAUACAUGUCAUGGAAUCACUGGUUGGUACGUUUCUCUUCGUUUAUGUUUUAUUUUUGGCAGCAAAUUAUCUAUUAGGGUGUCGUGGAGAGCGCUAAGCGAAGCGUCGUCCUUUUUUGCUAAUAGCCCUUUAGAAAUUGUCGAGGGCUCCUUGUUAGGAGAGUUCAGGAUUCUUUCAGAUGACACUGUUGAACUUUUUAUUGAAGUAUUCGAACCCCCUGAAUCUGUUGGUCGGUCACCCUUGGGUCCUUCGGAAACCAUCAUUCCAUUUUUUGUAAAUGGCGAUAGAGCCAUUCACAACUCUACUCCUGCUGGAAUUUGGUGCACUGGAGUGACCUGUAAAGGCAAUGGAGCAUCUACCCCAUCUACCAAUCUCCACACCUGGCUGGUUCUCCUCCGUUACGCUUUCUCUGCCACGGGCCAACGCACCUUUUGUACCUCCCCUGUGCUCGCUGUCCAUAGCCAAACAACAAACACACUCUCGUUCUAUUCAAUACACAUGGAACAGAAGAGUAGCCGCGAAGGACUCGGUGGUUGCGGCACAGCAGUUCUUUUUCCUUGCCUCGAUUUCCCACCUCCUUCCAUUCCUGGCUUUGCGUACGCUAACAAGGUAAAUGAACUAUCGCGUCCCCCCCGAGCAGAUACACAGCGCCUAAUUCUUCGCCUGGAGAGCCUGAAUCCUGCAGUCCUUUCCAACGCGGCAGUCCUGGCCGAUUUUAAUAAACUCUUGGAGGCUGUUAUGCGUCUCAGUAGAGAACUUAACUGUCAAGUAACACGUGGACCCGUCUGGUUGUUGGAUGGUAUUUCCACCGCAGUCGACUCGAAUGAUCGAAAGACUCAGCCAACGAAAACCGGCAAGCCUACAAAGCGUUCUGUAAAAUUCAGCCUACCAUCAAAAGAGGUUAGUACAGCUCCAGUCGUCAGUGGUUUUGAAGUCCCCGAGGCCUCAAUGAUUUUGGAAGAGGGAGUGGCGUGUACCGCUGCAUCCUCAUGCUACAUAUCUUUUCCCGCCUCCGUACCCUCGUACAACCCCUACCGGUACUAUACUCCACCUCAACUGCUUUCUAUACCUCAGCCACCAGCACCGUCGACAGUUUGUUGCCACGGGACCGAUAAUCCCAAUGGUGGAACUUGCUCAAGUGGUGGCAAUCAAGCAAUCAUGCAACCGCCUGCAAGUGAAGUUCCAUGUUCAUUGCCUCAACCGCUAUGUUGUCAUCAGUUGAAGAAUUACUGUAGCGCAGGUGACCCUUGCCGAAUGGCCGAUAAAUCUCAGUUGAUCUCACCAUCCUGCUGUCACCUAACAAAUGACCGAGGUAGCACGGGGGACUAUGGUCAAAUGACUUCCAAAUUCGGAACCCUCUCACCUCCAUGCUAUCACCAAGAGAGUAACGAUGGUGUUAAGGUGGGCGUGCCGACGCCUCGGCUGGAACAAGUGUCGCCCUGCCUUCACCAAGGCGGCGAUUUCAUUCACAAGGCCACUAACUGCGGUGAAAGUAACCGCAACGAGGAGAUAACGCGCCUGGAGGCUCUGGUCGAGCGGCUCCUUGCCGCUCAGCGUCCACCGACCACAGCGGCGACUUCAACGGCGGCCCGAGACGUCAGUGUUGGAACCGACACUAGGGAAGAAAUCACGCGCAGCCGGUCGAGUGUGGCCGUUAAUACGAGCUCAGUGUGGCCAACUCCCUUUGAUAUUGGGCUGGCACCACCGCCGUUAGUGCCAAGUAAAAUGGUCGAAUCUGUGGGCGUGCAGUGUGAAGGCGACGUCGAAGUUCUGUGGGACCCGGGUAUGACCCCGUUCAUAUCUUUUGUUACGGACAUCUUCUUUGUGCCCUAUUUAAGCCCAGGGGACUGUUUUCAACCCCGUGGCUCCUGCCCAUUUCCAGAGAUUCAGGAAGAAUUUGAUCUUCCCGGAGCGCCUCAGUCACCUGAAUCCAUUAUCUCACUCGAUGCUGGAUUUCUGCAAGAAACUAUGCCCCAAACUGAUUUUGCUCCACAAUGCUCUAACUACGCAGAAAAGACGGAAGACGACACAGGGUAUAGCCGACUCCUUGCAGGUAUCCAGCGUGUCUUGGAAUCCCGUCCGAUACCUUCGCUUCAGUCUCAGAUGCGCAAGACAGUCUCCGUUCCAGGCGACCUGUCUAUAAUUCCCUCGACAAUGUUGACGGGUGUUCCUAUUCAAAGACCUGCUUCAUCCUCGAAUGCAAGAGGGCGGGAAUGUAAUCCCACCACUACACAGCACGAGCAGUGGUCGACACUCACUGACGCUGAAUACGAGGCCGAACUAGAUAAGCGUCGGCAACGCUGCGAAGAAGAGGUUGCUGCCCGAUUGGACUUUUCCAAUUCUUCAAUUCAACCCCCCUCUCCGCCUCCACCGAGGAAUGGAUUAAGAGAAUCCCCGCUCGAUGACGUGAAUACUCCGCAGCCACUAUCAUCGGAAGCACUCGGCACGAAUGAACUCAGCUUCACCAAUCCACAGCGUGCCGCGGAUUUACUGCCGCGUUAUCGAAGACGGCCUCAGAAACUCACGGACGAAAGUGCUGUUCUCAUGGGCCUAGCGAAGAAGUAUCUUUCUCCCUCGGUGAUCGCUCAGCUAGCCCCGACAGAUCAGUCUCUUGUCACAAUAGACGGUGGUUGUAUGGUGGACUACAGCAUGGCAUCUCGGCGCUACCUUGAAGACCACGGAUUGCUCUCGUGUGGAAAGAUAAGCACACCAGCGGCUAAUGGCCGCAGACCACCAUUAUGCAGUCCUGAUAUUUCAACGAUUCCUGGAUUAACGGUGAUGGAUGAAGAAAGUGGUGAUGAAAGUUACCUGCCCUAUUCACAGGUUUUUCGAAAUGCUGAUGAGGUACCGAAUAGUGAUGAACCGAUUCUUGAUCUUGAACACUUACGAACACUUCCAAAGCUGCUAUAA